GGAUUGGAUUCUAUCCGUAUUUGGUUACCUGGAAAUACUUAACAUUUUGAAAUAAGAGUAAGUUUUACACGAUUCACACAACUGGAAAAUUGUUUCUACGUUUUUAAUUACGGAACUUAUUCAACGUGUUGUGCAAACGUUUUUAAAAACAGCAUGCCGAAGGGAGGACAAAGGCCGAUAUGUAUUGCAAUGACUGUAGUUUGUUUGAUUGCAAUAGCUCUGCUGGCACUUACAAUAUACUUUGCUGUCUCAAGACCAGACUGUGAAGAGAAACCUGUCAUGCCUAUAAGCAAGGAGUUAUACGCUAAAACAGACGAUGACAGGGAGAUAUCAAUAUUCACAUUGAAAAACAGCCAGGUUGAAGUACGGAUUAUUGACUACGGAGGCAUUAUCACAAAUAUUUUGGUCCCGGAUAAGGACGGAAAAAUUGACGACGUGAUACUUGGUUUUGAUGCAUUUAAAGGCGGAUAUGACAAAAAUCCUCCAUACUUCGGAGCGUUAAUUGGUCGCUAUGCCAACCGAAUUGCCAAAGGUCAUUUUACGCUGGAUGGGGUAACAUAUAACCUCACUGUCAACAAUGGCCCCAAUGCACUUCAUGGCGGCAUUAAAGGCUUUGAUAAGCGUCUAUGGACUUCAAGUAUACAAGACAACAAACUAGUCCUUCAGUAUACCAGCGCAGAUGGUGAAGAGCAUUAUCCGGGAGAGGUCAAGGUCAUGGUCACUUAUCAACUGACUGAUCAGAAUGAACUUAUUAUCAAUUACAAUGCAACAACAAACAAGAAGACAGUUAUCAAUCUGACAAACCACGCUUACUUCAAUCUUGCGGGACACGCUUCUGGAAGUUUGAAUGGCCAUACCGUACGCCUAGCAGCCGACAAAUAUACGCCGGUAGAUGACACCUCAAUUCCAACAGGUGUGAUUGAUAGCGUUGCAGGAACCAUGUUUGAUCUUACAACGGACACGAACCUUGUAGACAGGUUGCCUAAUGUACCAGGGGGUGUAGGGUUCGAUCAUAAUUUUGUCCUUGAGAAGCCAGGCUGGGAUAAACAUGCUGCCAGGUUGAGACAUUCUCCCAGUGGACGACAGAUAGAUAUGUACACUACAGAGCCCGGUGUUCAAUUCUACACUGCAUUUUAUUUAAAUGAAACAAACGCCAAGGGCGGGGCGACCUAUGGCAGGUUUGGUGCAUUCUGCCUCGAGGCUCAACAUUACCCCGAUAGUCCAAAUGAGCCUUCAUUUCCGACGACAGUGCUAAGUCCUGGCGAAACGUACAGACAGACAACCAAAUAUGUGUUCAGUAUUGCAGAAAGUUAAUGUUCAUUUGAUUGUUGUGUUGUUUUCAUGAAUUAUUUUUCAUUUAGAGAAACAAUAAUUAAUCUUACGUUACAGUGUAGUGCGCGGAUCACCGAAAUUGUGAUUAAUAUACACAUGUGCUUCCCAUUUCAUAUUUUAUUAAUGCAACUGAUAGCUUCGCGCUAUUUAAAUUAAAUGUGUAAAUCAGUUUGUCGUUGUGUAAAAUAAGUCUUAACUCCUUAGUCAAUUUUCAUUAUAUAAGCUUUUCUUUAUUCAUUUUCAUUAUAUACGCUUUUUGUUUUUCAUGUUCAUUAUAAAAGUUUUUCUUUAUUCAUUUACAUUAUAGAAGAUUUUCUUAAGAUUGUCCAUUUUCAUUUUAUAAGCUUUUAUUGUGUAAGAUGUGGUGUUCUUUGCCUAAUGAUCACAAAAUAUUUUCCGAGCCGAGUUUGAUAACGAAACUUCAUUUGUCAUUUACAUGUAAAUCUAAAUUAAAUGUUUACCAUUAAAUGUUAACUUAAUGGUCAUUUUCAAGUUACUUCAGUAUUGAUUGGAGUUCUAGUAAAGUUUCCUAUCAAAUCUCCGCUGAGACCGAAAAAUGUUUUGUGAACAUGGGACCGCGGUCUACGGAUGUUAGAAUUGCGUGUCUGUCAGAGGUGCAUUCUUAUAUGUUUUGUGUAUGCCCCUCGAAGUUUCAAAAUGUAUUUUGUGCCCUAUUGUCUUGUGGGAUUCGAAAUCAUCACUAAACAGUAUUCUGAGAAACUUAUGUCAUCUGUGAACUCCAACAUGUAGAAACUUUUGAAAGAUAAUAAAUACUUUUUAUGUAUAAGUUU